AUGCUGGCAAUGCAAAUAACCCCGGCGGGCGCAAGGGCCUCAGCCCGAGCCGUGUGGGCCCUACGGUUCAGCGCAUUGCGACCUCUCCCACCCACCACGGUGGUAGUGGUGCCCUUUGCUGCCCAGUUCCAGUUCCGGAUUGCACAGCAAAGAUUGCUUUCGGGCUCGUCCCGACAGAUGUACAACUAUGACCCAAAUAGCUUUCGCCAGCAACAGCAACGCUGGCAAGAGGAGCAGCAGAAACAGCAGCAGCGCUGGGAACAGUAUCAGCAACACCAGCGACAAGGACAGGAGCCGCGGGCCCGGUUUAAGGGUGUGCCCGUCUCGGCCGGCGACAUGCCACCCGAAGCGACGUUUGAAGACAGUGGCUUCCACCGCCGCGGCGGUUUCUUCAAGCGGGCGAUGCACAGCACGAGCAUGCAGACGGUCAUGGUGGUCGCAGCCGUCGCCGCCCUGCUGUUCUACUUUUCGCACAUGGAAUUGGUGCCCGUGUCCGGGCGACGGCGGUUCAAUUGCUUCAGUGAGGACUCGAUGAAGAUGCUCGGCGACAUGCAAUACGAGCAGCUCAUGCAGGAGGCGCGUGCACUGGGCCAGCGGUUCCUGCCGGCGUACGAUCCGCGCACGCUCGUUGUGCGGAACGUCAUGUCGCGCCUGAUUCCGGUUAGUGGGAUGUCCGACAACCCGGGCGACUGGGAGAUUGCGGUGAUUGACGACCCGUCGACUGUCAAUGCCUUUGUGCUACCGGGCGGCAAGGUGUUUGUGUACAGCGGUAUCUUUGCCGUGGCGCGCAACGAGGACGCGAUCGCGGCGGUGCUCGGCCACGAACUGGCACACAACCUGGCGAACCACCAUGGCGAGCGGGCGUCGUCGGCUGUGGGCACGACAAUGCUGCUGGCGAGCGCGUUUGUGCUGACGGCCGGCCUCUCGUACUUUAUUCUGCAACCAGUGGUGGAGCUCGUGUUCAAUACGCCCAUGAGCCGGCUGCAGGAGAGCGAGGCGGACUUGAUCGGGCUGAUGCUCAUGGCAGAGGCGUGCUUCGACCCGUCGCAGGCGGUGGAGUUCUGGCGGCGCAUGGACCAGGCACAAAGGGUGCAGCCGCCAGAGUGGAUCAGCACGCAUCCUUCGGUAGGCAUCGUCGAGGCCCCCAACAUGGAGUCUAACCAACACCGGAUGGAAAAGAUCCAGGAGUGGAUGCCAGCAGCGAUGGAGAAACGCAGCCAAAGCAGUUGCGACGGUACGCGGGACUUUGCAGAACGGUUUAAGCGGGCGCUGCGCAACGGCAUGAUCUUGGCAUCAUAA